AUGCUGCUGCUAAAGAAAAACCUUCUCUGCUGGCUGCUCCUGUCAGCCAUAUUGGUGAAAACGGUGUACUGUGUGCCGACCGCAGCCGUUACCGAGGCGGACGAUGAGAACGAUUCCGAGUGGGACGAGGAUGAGGAAUCGUCCGAAGCGGAUGAUGAUGGGCGUGUCUACAAGAAUCCCAGGAAUUCACCCUCGACCGAAUGUCCGCGGGACGAGGAACAGGCAACGCUGCUGGGUCAAAAGUGUUUGCGCAAAUGUUCGUCGGAUGAGGACUGCAAGAGCAAGAAGAAAAAGUGUCUGUGUGACGGUGCGUGCGGUAUGUCCUGCAUCAAACCGGACCGGGAAUGUCCGGAUCUGACGCAACCGAGCCUCGGUUCGGUGACACUGUCCGGGAAACAUUUUGGAUCGCGCGCCACCUACACCUGUCCCCACGGGUACCAUGUGGUUGGACUGCAGAGCCGUCUCUGUCAGGCAGACGGGAGCUGGGCGGGCAGUGAACCGGUGUGCAAGCAGAACAUUUACUGUUUGGAACCACCGACCAUCGAGCACGCGAGACACUCGGCCCUCCCGGAACAGGCCACCUUCGAUUUAGACUCCACCGUUCAGUACCACUGCCACACGGGAUACGCAACGGCCGGGUUUCCCCGUGCCAAAUGUUUGGCGGUAGAUGGACAAGCAAGCUGGUACGGGCCGGACAUUUCCUGUGAACCACGCUCCUGUGGACAGCCACCGGAUCCGGCCCACGGAUGGCAUGCCGGGGAGAGUUACACGUUUGGUGGCAAGGUCACGUACCAUUGUGGCGAAGGGUACGAGCUGGUGGGGCGUGCUGAGCGCUACUGUCAGGCGGAUGGAUCGUGGACCCCCAAGGAACUGCCGACCUGUGUUCUGGUAACUUCGGUACAGUGUCCAUCGCCAGAGAAUCCGCGAAAUGGUAAGGCUAUUUACACAAGCACCUCGUAUAACUCCGUGGUUAGUUACGAGUGUCGCUACGGAUACACGCUGGUGGGCGAAAGCUCCCGUCGCUGUGGUGCUGACAAGCGCUGGACCGGUACGCUUCCAGCAUGCAAGGAAAUCAACUGUGGCCAUCCGGGCACGCUGUACAACGGUUGGCUGGAAAACAUCGAAAGUGGCACCGGACUGGGGGCGAGCAUUAUUUUCCGGUGCCAUCCGGAGAUGCUGCUGGUCGGGAACACGUCCUCCGUGUGUCAGAUCGAUGGCCGUUGGCGGUAUCCGUUGCCGCAGUGUUUGGCACCGUGCGUCGUGCCUUCCAUCUCCCAGGGGCAGGUCAUCCCGAUCGAGUUCGAUAUCGAUGUGAACGCGACGACCGUGGUACCGACGAGCGGCAGCAGCUCGAAGGUGAAACAUGGCACGGUGCUGGAGGUAAUGUGCGACGAGCACUACGAGUUCCCGUUCUCGUCCCUAUCGCCGCCGACGUGCAACAACGGGACGUGGAGCGUGAUACCGCGGUGCGCACCGGCACGCUGCAAGACCAUGCCGAAACCGCCCAAAUUUGGUAUGGUGUUGGCACCGAAAACAGAGCACGGGAUGCGAGCGCGGUUUAAGUGCAAGGAUGGGUACAACCUGACCGCACCGGGCGGUAAACCGAUCCCGGAUCCGAGCAACUACGUGCUGAUCUGUUCGUUCGGCAAUUGGACCGGUGAGAUGCCGCAGUGUACGGAGGUGUACUGUCAGUUUCCGGGCUACAUCCCCAACGGAAAGGUGCUGCUGGUGGGCAAUAUGGGGCUGUACGACUACCGGCCGUACGUGCGGAAGGUGAUCAACAACAAGCAGAUCAUGUACGAGUGUGACAAGGGGUAUGUGAUCGAGACGGGCCCACCCGGAGCGACCUGCAUCGGGGGCAAAUGGAGCCCGACCGAGUUGCCGAUCUGUACGCCCGGUCAGCAUCCACGGUUGCGUUGGAAUCGUCGACGUCGAUCGCUGGAUCUGCGCAUGCGGUUCCACCGAUCGAACCAGCUGAAGCAGCACUAUCGGUAUCUGCAGCGUAAGCUCGAGGAGCACGACGCUUAUCAGCAGCACGAGAUAGUGAAGCGUGCUGCUGCCUCACCGUACCGCGGUCAGUUCCCUGCCAAGCGCCAUUACACGUUCGAAGACUUCCAGCGGUUUCGGGCGAAGCGUAGCGUCGAGGCGAAUCGGCACGCGAUGCUGAGAAGCGCAAUGGUGCGGGAGCGCCGAGAGCUUUCGGAUGUGGACAAAGCGUACAGCAAGUACUACGAGCGGAUAAAGGCAAGGUAUCGCAACUAUGUGCAGAAUCUGCUUGGGUUUAACAAGGCAAGAACGAUGCCGACACACGACGACAUUCACGUGCAGGACGGCCGAUGGCAUUCGUACCCGGAGUCGGAUCCGGUUAGCCGCAACCGGGGCAUGCAGAAUGGACGCGAGGCAGAACCGGGCCAAUUGGUGGUGACCCCUGUACCCUCGCCGGCCCCAUCUCGACGACCCCGGCCGCACAAAGGCAAGCAGGGUAAGGUGCGCAAACCGAAGCUUCCGCCACCGAUUACCGUGCCGGAUAUCAACGAGCAGUCGCGCUAUCGGUUGGAUUUUGUCGAGAGCACCGAAAGCAACCGCACAACGGAUCACCUGAACGAAAACGACAUCUACAGCAACUAUUUCCCACCGCCGCUGACCGGUCGGUACCAUACGAGCUGGCAGUUUGCUUCGGAAGUGACGCCCAGCCAUCGGAACGAGGGGAACCAGUACCGUGCGACGCAGUACCGGGGCCGCAACCGGACGGAACCGCCGGUGGAGGAGAACCCGUUCGCGCUGAUGGAGAAGCUCCAGUCGCAGAUCAUUCGCCGGAAGCGAGACACGCGCGACGUUGGCAGCUCGAUGGAGGAAACGAAGCGCGGACAGAAGGCGAACCGGAAAGCGUUGAAUCAGACCGACGUGGACAGCAUGGAUCCGGCGCGGAAGGUGAAGUUUAAGGGACCGUGCGAGCCGUUGGCGAGUGAACCGUACGCCCAGCUGGAAAUCGUACGUCCCGGCAAGGAUCCGAACGAAACGUUUGGCCCCGGUACGAUUGUGCGGGUUACGUGCACGAAGGGUUACGUUUCGAACAUUGUCAACCCGAACGCGACGGCCAAGUGUGUGCGGGGUCGAUGGAAACCGACCAAGCCAACGUGCAGCAUGAAGCCCUGCUUUGUACCGUCAACCGAACACGGCAAGUACUACGAUGCGUCGGUGGAUCUGACGACCAUUGAUGCAGUGCGGCCGACCACCGCUUCCCUGACGCCGAUGGAGAUGAUCGAGAAUGGGAAGAUGAUUAACUUUCAAUGUGACCACGGAUACAACACGCAGGGUCCUUCAAAUCUGCGCUGUUGGAAUGGUGAGUGGGCAGUCAGUUCACUGCCGGAAUGUUUGCCCGCGCCCUGCGUACUACCACCGAUCAUGCAUGCGAUGUAUCAGGGUGGAUAUCGCGCAGGACUAACUAUUGCCCAUGGAAGUUCGGUGAUGAUCCAGUGUGAGAGUGGCAUGGGAAGUGUAUCGUCCGUACAGAUGGAUUGUGCUCUUGGUUCCCUCACACCGGAAACGAUCAACUGUGGGUACAUUUCGUCCCGGAAAUCUCGCGAUGAUGACAGCAGCUCGAUCAUCGUGCUCGACGGCAACAAUGUCACUUCAUCCGAGGAUGAAAACGAUGGCCGUGAGUGUGGCCCCCCGGGCAAGAUCCAUGGCUCGCUGGUGUACAAGAACGGCGAACAGAUGGACGAGGGCAGUGACGAAGGUUUCCCAUCCGGCACGGAGAUUACGUUCGAUUGUAUCGCGUCGAUCACGGGCGAACAGACAACGUGGAAAAUAAUCUGCGAAGAUGGGCAAUGGAUCGGACGGUCUAUGAAUUGCGAUGAUGAUGAUCCACUGUUUCACCGGAUGCCGUCGGCGAAUGGUUCGUGCAUGUUCCGCAACAACGAACCGCACGUGGUCAGCUUUUACAACGAUCUGGAAAUACGGGAGGAUAUUGUGGAAUUCCCACCGGGGACGACAAUCAUAUCGCGCUGUGUCGAUAUCGGAAAGUACGCCAUGAUCGGUACCAGCGUACGCACGUGCGUUCGUUCGGAGUGGAGUGGCCAAAAGCCAUCCUGUUUUGGAUUGAAUCAGGAGAAUGAUUACGCAAUGGAAAAACCCCCAACCAUAUUGAUACGCCACCAGAACGGUCCCAUUGCGCAGAGCAAUGAUGGUAAGCUGAUCGUGUACCCGGGUACGACCGUGCACCUCGAGUGUCUGUGGAUGCGUCGGUUCGGAAAUCCAAAAUGGAAUGUUAGCCACGAUUAUCGCAAGUAUCCGGAAGGGUGGAGUUCGGACGAGGGUCGCGAUCCACAGUUGGAGUAUCGCAUCAGUAUCAUGCACGCGGUGAAGGAUGACUCCGGUAGUUUCACCUGUGUCACACCAGCCCGUCACACGCAUACGGUCGAGGUGAUCGUGAAGGCAGUUCAUUGUAACGAAAUUCAGGUGCGUCGCGGACUUUCGGCCAGCACCGGUGAAACGAUGAUGGGCACGCGGGUACUGUUCUCCUGCACGAAUGGUAACGCGUUGAUCGGUACACCGGAGAUCAGCUGUCUGCCGAGUGGCAACUGGAGUGCACCGCUACCGGUCUGCGAGAGCGUUGAGUGUGGCGAGGUCCCGAUACAGCCGAGCAGCAACGGAUCGGCACCGCGAGUUGCCAUCUUGUCGCGGGAAGUUGGUGGACGGGCGGCAUUCUCCUGCCCGCCGGGGUACGGGUUGAGGGGACCCAGCGAGGCCAUCUGUUUGCCGACCGGUGAAUGGGGUGGUCCCUUUCCGUCAUGUGUCGAGGUGCAGUGUUUCCAUCCGGGAGCACCACAAAAUGGUUACGCUCAGGGAACUCCACCGUACCGGGCCGGUGAUGUGGUACAGUUCAACUGUAAUCCGGAGUACAUGAUGCAGGGUCAGCCAAUCAUCGCUUGCCAGGAUAAUGGACGCUGGUCGGGUGGUUUGCCAAAGUGUGUACAGGCCUGCUCGUAUCCCGGCACCGCCAUCAGUGGUCGGAUGUCGUCGGUAAAGUUCUACUACUCCAUCGGUGAAAGCAUCACGUUCACCUGCGAUGCCGGGCUGGAGCUGCGCGGUGCCAAGAUGCUCAAGUGUCUGAAGAACGGCAAAUGGUCGAACGCGAUCCCGACGUGCGUUAAUCCGGACGCGGUGCAUGUGCGCACCGACGCGAAGGGCGUGUUCAAGCGGGACAAUUAG